AUGUCUUCGUCGGGUCUGCUCUCAACCGCAGUCUACCAUAGCAAGGCGUCCGGAUGGAGUACGCUUCGUUCUUUGACCUCGCUGUUCGCCGCGCGCAGGCGCCAUGAACAGCCGCGCACCGUGGUAGCGGUCGUUAGCAAUGCGGCGACUCCCGCAGAGACGAGGCCGGAUAUGCAGUUGCCAAAGAAGGGUUCAUUGGUAAUCUGUAUAUUGGAGAACGUCUUGGGACAGACCAGUUUCUUCAUUAUCGUGUCUUCGGGCAGCGAAUAUGCCAGAUUCCUCGGAGGGACAGAUGCAUUCUCAGGCCUAGUACUUGGAAUUCCUACCAUCUGCUCUGCGCUCAUGCUGUUGCCUCUAAUGCGCUACGAUAGAGGGCAGUACAGGUUCACGUUGCUAUUCGCAUGCGCGGCAGGCUCGCUUGGCAGCAUGCUCUACGGCCUGGCAUACCGCGCGCAGUUCCUCUAUCUCAUCCUCAUCUCGCGCUUGGUCUUGGGCCUCGCUUUCGUUUGUUUCCUGUACAUCAAGCGGUACCUCUCCGAUGCCCGCAUCGUAGGUACGCGGCGCCGGACCACGCUUGCUGGCUGGUUCGUCGCUGGACAGAACGCCGGAUUCGUGAUCGGCCCAUUUCUAGGCGGUCUGCUGUACAAGAUUGGCUUCAAUAACGAGAUCUUCAACGGCUACACUAGCCCGGGAUGGAUAAUGGCAGCAUUGUGGGCUACCUUCGGGAUAGCGUCUGCAAUUUGGUUCGAAGAUGUUCCGCCUAUUGCGCCCGCGGUCCACUCUGGCUCUGAGUCUGAUCUCGCUAUCCCAGUGGAACCUAUGUCCGCGAGCACAUCCGACCAGGACGUCGUGGUCACACGCUGCUCGAUCGAGGAAGGGCGCGAUCUACCUGAACUGGACAGUAGCGCCGCCAAUCCACCCAAUGUCGCUUAUCGCCCAUGCGCAAGCCAAUGGGGUGUUGUCGCGACGAUGUGCUGGUUUUCUAUGACCUGUUUUUUUGUGCUCGGUGGGUGGGAAGCGAACAUCCCGGUAUACACUGCAUCAGCUUUUGGCAGCUCUCCGUUUGCGGCCGGCAACUUGAUCGCACUCGGCGGACUCUGCACCUUCCCCUUUAUUUUCUUGAACGUCAUCUUCGCCAGAAAGUUCCAGGAUCGCCACAUUCUUGCAGCAGGCGCUGGUAUAGGCCUGAUUGGUCUCGUCGUGUCCAUCACUGUACUCGCAACAGGCAGCAUGACCUAUUGGGCGCUACUCGCUUGCUGGAUUCUGGUGGCCCUGGGCUUCAACAUCGCCAGCACCGUGACAGUCAGCCUCUUAUCGAAGCAGAUGCCGCAUCGAUGGGUGGGGCAUCUCAACCUGGCGGUCGAGUACUCCAGCGUGGUUGGCAGGGUCACUGGUGCUGUCUGGGGAGGGGCCGGUCCAGGUAUAGGGAUGAGUGCGUAUGUGGGCUUACAAAUUGCACUUCUCGGCAUUGGUUCCGUGAUGUUCAUGACGCUUUGGCAUCAGUUGAAGACGAAAGCGGGGUAG